AUGAGCAACCCCCCCGUGGAUGAUGCACCAUCUGGUGGUGCUCUCCUCGGAGCUCAUUGGACUCAGCAAGGACUGCCUGCAGACGACACUGAUGAUGCAGACUCAACCCUUGGUGACGAGAUCGAGAGCUCGACCGCUUCCAUUUCGUCCAGUAUUCUCAAUUACCGCAAUAUCAAUGGCCGAACCUAUCACAGCCAUGCCGCCAUGGAUGAAGAAUACUGGGCCCCCAAUGACCCGAAGCAUCUCGAGGCCUUGGACAUUUUCUACCAUGCCAUCGACAUGAUGCUGGAAGGAAAGCUGCAUCAAGCGCCUCUCAGCCAAAAUAUUGAGAACGCCGUCGAUAUUGGCACGGGUUCGGGAUUGUGGGCCAUCGAUUUCGCUGACAAGUAUACCAACUGCACCGUAAUCGGCACCGACAUCUCUCCUGUGCAGCCGAGUUGGGUGCCCCCUAAUCUCCUCUUCGAGAUCGAAGAUGCCACCAGGGAAUGGACUUUCAGGGAUGAUCAUUUCGAUUACAUCCAUAUGCAGUUACUCAAUGGCGCUUUCGGCAGCCUUACCCACAUUUAUAGUCAAGCGUUCCGGUGCUGCAAGCCCGGGGGCUGGUUCGAGCACGUUGAUACUUCAGUCAUGGUUUCGUCUGACGACGGAUCUGUCGAGGAGAAUAGUCCGUUGGAUCAGUAUGGCAAACUGUUCGAGGCAGCUGGUAACCGGGUCAACCGCAUGUCCAGGACCGCCGAUUUUACCACAAUGGAGGAUGCCAUGAUGGAGGCAGGCUUUGAGAAUAUAACGGUCAAGAAGUUCAAGAUGCCCAUUUCGCCCUGGCCUUCAGACCAAAGGAUGAAGGAGAUUGGCCUUUAUGCCUAUGCGACCAUGACAACCGACGUUGAGGGUAUCAUACAAUUUAUGUUCGGUACCAUUUUGGGCUGGUCGCAACAGGAGAUUAUCGUGUAUGCUGCUUAUCUGCGUCAGCAGCUCAGGAGGAGGAACGUGCAUGGAUACUACACCUUGAAGGUGGUUUAUGGCCAGAAGCCACAGUAG